AUGGCCAAUAUAAUAACUGGGAGUCAAGAUUAUAUUAUGGAUCUUCAAGGGGAAGUAUAUAGAGAGCCAGAAACAAAUCUUUCCCCUUGUCAAAAUUGGAAGGAAGCAUCAUCUCAUAUUACCCAAACUAAGAACAUGGUGACUCUUCAAAGUGAUGAUUUAAAAAACAUGGAAAGUGAAGAAUAUCUGUCUUUGAAGGUCCCAAGCCAAAUGCCCACACAGGACUCUCUGGUGAAGUUCUAUAAGAAUGAGCCACAGGAUUCUCAGGAACGUAAAAGUCUCUUUAUAAUUGAAGAAAGCGCUGAGAGGAAAGUGAUAGCUGGAAGAAAUCCACGCAUGGACCAUUUUUCAGAGAACCUUCAAGUUAAACUUCAGUCAGAUGUAACACAACUGGUCCCUCCAUUGUUUAAUGGUGAGGCAAUCUGCCAGAACGGCCAGUUGAAAGAAUCUUUGGACCCCUUUGACUAUAACCAUAAAGACAUUUGUGGUUGUAAAUCACAGUUUGUUGAUUAUAGUCACAAGAAAGUUCAUACAAAGGAGAAACCUUGUAACUGUAAUGAGCAUGGAAAAAUACUUAAGACCAGUCCAAAUGUUCAUCCAUAUGAGAGAAUCCACUUGGAAGAGAAACUACAUAAAUGUGUUCAGUGUGGUAAGGACUUUAGACAGAGCUCAGAACUACUUCUUCAUCAGAGAGACCACACAGAAGAAAAACCCUAUAAAUGUGAGCAGUGUGGGAAGGGCUUCACAAGAAGCUCAAGUCUCCUCAUUCAUCAAGUAGUUCACACAGAUGAGAAACCUUAUAAGUGUGACAAGUGUGGGAAGGGCUUCACAAGAAGCUCUAGUCUACUCAUUCAUCAUGCAGUUCAUACAGGUGAGAAACCUUAUAAAUGUGAUAAGUGUGAGAAGGGCUUUAGUCAGAGCUCCAAACUGCACAUCCAUCAGCGAGUACACACUGGCGAGAAGCCCUACGAGUGUGGGGAGUGUGGUAUGAGCUUCAGUCAGCGUUCUAACCUGCACAUCCAUCAGCGAGUCCACACAGGAGAGAGGCCCUACAAAUGUGGAGAGUGUGGGAAGGGCUUCAGUCAGAGUUCAAACCUUCAUAUUCAUCGGUGCAUACACACCGGAGAGAAGCCUUAUCAAUGCUAUGAGUGUGGAAAGGGCUUCAGUCAGAGUUCAGAUCUUCGCAUCCAUCUCCGAGUCCACACUGGAGAGAAGCCCUAUCAUUGUGGCAAGUGUGGGAAAGGAUUUAGCCAGAGUUCCAAACUCCUCAUUCAUCAGAGAGUACAUACUGGAGAGAAGCCCUAUGAGUGUAGUAAGUGUGGAAAGGGAUUCAGCCAGAGCUCCAAUCUUCAUAUCCACCAGCGGGUUCACACAAAAGAGACUUGUUAA